UGGGAAAAAGAUCAUUUCAUGAUCUAAUACAUUCAAAGUGUMCAGUAAUUAGUAAUAGUGUUACUAAAAACUCGGCCYAAAAGUGUAAUAUCCACUUCCGUCAUCAGCAGCUUAAAUGAACGUGUUAAUUUUCUUGUGUCUUUCGGAUAUUUUUUUAAACCUACCCAGUUCCUCUYUGGCGUUCGACGUGAACUGUGAGAMYUCGAAUAGCGCAGUUCUAAGCGGUAUACAAGAGGAUUAUGUGAAUGCUACUGUAUCGAAGGAAGCUGAAAGUGAUGUUUUCAGUGGCGCUAAAGAGCCGAGCUUCUUUCCGGGCCUAAUGCCAGAGGUUGUACGUUAUGCAAAGCAUCGGUGCAGCCACGAUCUGCCAAAUGCGAAUGUCAAUUGGGGAGUGCAAAUUUUCAGUAACGAAGCGGAGGCACACGACACACAUUGUUAUGUAAAAUGUUUUCUGCGUCGCGUAGGACUCAUACAGUUGCACACUUUGGGUUGGGAUACUGACCGUUUGCUUGCGAUGUUAGCGAAUUUACGUGGACAUCAAAACCUGCCCACGAAUUGCUUAGAUUCAUUAUGCAAGACAGGUAYAAUGAAUGGGAAAUGUGAGCCAUAUUACGAAAUGUGGAUGAAGAUCCGUCAAGAUUGUCAAUUCGGUUUCAAUGCCUUCUUUUAUUAUGACGUGCGAUUGGAGGAGUUGCCAUUUGAAGAACCCUUACCUCUAUAUCGGGAACCUGGUGUUGAACCAUACCGAUUUUGUUCCGCUGUGUUAAAGGAAGAUUCUGUGGACAUGAAAUCACCACAGUUUUCGCUUUGUAUAUAUUCACAGUUACACUAUAUUGACAGUUAUGGACGAAUUGAUGCGUCGGAAAUUAUACACAGCUUUACAGGAUCGGCUCAUUUAACGGCACACAACGAGCGGGUUAUAAGGAACUGUGCACAUCUUGCUAAUUCCCAUUUCAUCCUGGGUCAAAAUAGCGAGGAGAUGGCACAACAUAUGACAACUUGUCUGACAAAGAAAAUACCUGACGAUUACUCAUUUGUGCUCCAAUAUUGGAAUCAAGUAAUGCGUGAUUAUUAAAUAAAAUUGUAAAAUAACGGUUGCCGCUA